UUUGCGACUUCCGUCGACCGAUCGCGACCAUUCACGAGCCCACGCGUCUCGAGUGCAUGAUAGACGCGAGGCGCAUUUUAACGUAGGUAGGAAAACGUUGCCGAAUACGCGCGUUCCACUGAGGAUCUUUUGAAGGGAGCUUGAAGUGUUGUGCUCGUCUACGACCUCAACGAUAUUUCUUACGAUACUGCGGAAGCGGCACGCGCGAUAGCGUGUCAAGUAGUAUUGAAACGUGUAGAAGCCGACAGCGCGUAAAUUGCACGUCGCGCGAUUGCAGGAACGGAGGAAAAUUGCGAAGCUCGAGAUAUAAGCGAAAUAAGCGUGACAACAGAGUGAUUGUGCGAAAAUUGUAUCUGUUGAAUGAAUUUAUAACCGGAGGAUCAGCUCGAGGACCUCACAAAUCCUUUUCGGUCGAUGUAAAGCGGAUUUUAGCGUAUAUCCGGUCGUUACGCGAAUUAGAUAGUCGCAAUCUCCGGAUUAAAGUGAUACGAAAUACGAUUGCUCCGUGCGUCGCGUAUCGCAUAUUCGUUCCAUCUCUCGACGACAAUCUUAUUAUCACGCUCCAGUAUCGGUGGACGGCGAGGAAAUAUUCGCUAGAAGACUAUCGAUCGAUCGCGUGUAAGAAAUCUAAGGAUAUUCGAGCGGAUUUUACACCGGAGGAUUACAUCAAUGGAGAGGACGAAUCCUCAGAUCCUCAGGGACCCUCGAUCGUAUGCCGUAAAUUCGUACUGACGUCUUCCCGAUAAGAAACGAACGGUCGGGUUCGAGUCACCUGUAAUGACAGCUGCACACUAGUCCAUUGUUACUAAGGAGGAAAUUGGCAGCAGCGGCUGAUAAAAUCGAUUAGGCAACUUAUUCUAGGAGGAUAUUUGUGAUAGAGCGUGAGAGAAAGGUGAAACAGAGAAAGAGAAAGAGAGAGAGAGAGAGAGAGAAGGACAGCGAUAGAAUAAUAAAGCAGCCCGAGAGCGCUGUCUCCGUACGAUUCACGUGGAAGACGACCCUGACAAAUAUGAAUAGCGUGACUCUGGCGCUUUUGUACAAUUGCAGCGCAUGGGUCUUGGAACGCAACGUCACGCUGCUGCUCAGACUGAAUUACAGCGAAUUCAUUAACGUUAUCGAGGAGGCGCUGGACAGCUCCAGUCGACCGGACUUCCUGCGUGACCGGAUCACCGAUUGCGUGUUCGCAAAUCAGGAACGGCCGUUCGACUUGCCGUGGUGGCAGAAACUCUUCUGGUCGCUGAUAUAUGCGGUGAUAGUGCUGGUCGCGAUCAGCGGCAACAGCAUCGUCAUGUGGAUCGUACUCGCUCACCGGCGAAUGCGCACCGUCACUAAUUACUUCUUGGUGAAUCUCUCCUUGGCGGAUCUUAUGAUGUCAUCGCUCAACUGCGGCUUCAACUUCAUCUUUCUCGUUAACUCCGACUGGCCAUUCGGAGUGGUGUAUUGCACUAUCAACAACUUCGUGGCACACGUGACCGUCGCCUCCAGCGUUUUUACCCUCGUCGUAAUAUCGUUUGACAGGUACAUGGCCAUUAUGCAUCCUCUCAAGCACCGUAUGUCUCGCAAGAGAACGGUAAUUACUCUAAUUUUAAUUUGGGGCAUCUCGUCCGCGCUGGCGACCCCGUGCCUUCUGUAUUCUACAACGACAUCGCGCAGGUAUUCCAACGGUACAAGCAGAGUCUCCUGUUAUUUAUUGUGGCCCGACGGCGGUUAUUUGCAUAGCAAAACAGAAUACACUUACAAUCUCCUAUUCUUGGCUGUAACGUAUCUGAUUCCUAUGACAGUGAUGUGUGUAUGUUACGCGUUGAUGGGUCGAGAGUUAUGUGGCUCAAGAUCUAUCGGUGAAGUCACUCAUAACCAGAGGGAAUCGAUGAAAUCAAAACGCAAGGUCGUGAAGAUGUUCAGCAUCGUGGUAACAAUAUUCGCGCUGUGCUGGUUACCGUAUCAGGGAUUCUUCAUUUUCGUGUACCAUUAUCGUCAAAUUGCGGAGAGCAGUUACGUUCAACAUAUAUACUUAAGCUUCUACUGGCUCGCCAUGUCCAACUCCAUGGUCAAUCCGAUCAUAUAUUACUGGAUGAAUAACAGAUUUCGAGUUUACUUUCAACUAGUAAUCUGUAAGUGCUGCCGCGCGAUUGGUCGUACGAACGCGCGAAGCCGCGAAAUGCAGGAACUGACAGGAUUCCAACGUUCGGUGGCUUGCAAUUCGGGUCGUUACAGAUCGACCUCCAUCAAGUGGCGACAGAGCAUGGCAGAGAGCCAAGUACAUACGUUCAGGAUGAACUCCCGAACGACGUGUGAAAAGCUCCAGUCCAAAGAGGACGUCUCUAUCAUUUGAGUGGAGUUUUAGCUGAAUCGUACGUCGCGAGAGACAUAUCCGUGUCGUUUGAAUCUAUGUCGCGGUACCACCAGUUCUUCGCGCCACUAUAACGUGAACUACGACGAUGAGAGCGGUAAUAAUCGAAGUAUAAUAUAACGCAGCUCUCUUACAAUCGCUAAGUGGCCAAUAACAAUAAGUUAACAAGUCGGUAUAAGUAACAGCUCACCAUUGUCACUUUUUGAAAGAUAUUAUUUUCUUACUGGUAAAUAUGAAGUCGAUGCGUGUGAAUGUGUAUAACGGAGAAAGUUCGAUGUUAUCUAUAAUGUGUGGACGAACAUCGUAAUGUAAAUUGUAAAGAUAUACUACGUAUACAUGCGUACAUCAUA